AUGAACGCCAUGAGCGACGCGGACAGCGAGCGAACGGACAGUCUAGACGGAUGGGUUGCCGUUAAAAGCGACGCGUUCGACAACAGAGAGAACCAUAAACUCCGGUUUAUCGUGGAGUGGAACGAAAUAGAGUCGAAGUUUGCUGUGACGUGUCAUGACCGGACGCAACAACGGCGCGGAGACGCCAGCGGGAGCUGCGCAGGACUGUUCUCCAGCGAACUCAUAGGACACGUGCACGCGCAUUUGAGUUCGGUGCGCGAUGAGCUCGCGUCGCUCUUCCCUGACCUGACGCGCUUCCGCGAGCCCAACCUGUGGGAGCUACUGUUCUUCAGCGCCCCACGGAGCGAUGUCGACGCGUCGUGCAGGCUGCUGGAGCGAUACUUCAGCUUCGCUGUGGACGCGUGCGGCCGCGGGAUCGUGCUUGACGCGCUCUUCAGCGUCAGUGAAAAGGAUGAACAGGAAUACUACGAAAACCUGCACGAGUUUAAACGCAAGGCGAUGCGGGACGAGAUCACGCGCGCUGAAGACGCGCUACGGGCGGUUGUUGACAGUCGCUGGAGUGCUGAUGGACUGAUGCAGCUGAUGAAGAUCUAUGAUGAAGAAGAUGAGCUCUACACACAUUUUGUCACCGUGUCAACCCACUUUCACCAGAACCUUCUACAGCCCUUCAGAGACAUGAGAGAGCUCGCCACACUUUACACAACUGAGAUUCAGAAGUGUCUGGAGUAUGAAGAGUUGGGGCCGAAGCGUGUGCGUGAACUGGAGGCAGAGAUGAAAGAAUGGAGGCAGCGAGGUCAAGCGGCCGUUCAUUCAAUACAGGACAUCACCGCUGACUACUUCAAGAACACAUCUAACAAUCUCACAGGUAUGGUGAAACAGAUGGAAGAAGAUCAGCAGAGGUUCGGUCAGGCAUCUUGGACGAUGGUCACACCCCGACAAGAGAAACUCAAACUGUUAUUGGCUAAAGAGACACUGCAGCACAUGAGAGCCCGAGAGAUGUGCAUCAGACGCAAGAGACUCCACAUACGAGAUAAAAUGGGUGGUGUGAUGAAGAGCGCAGGUGCCGUCAGUGCGCUGGAGCUGCAGUAUUAUGAAACACAGCUGGAACUUUAUGACUGCAGGUUUGAGAUCCUGAGAAACGAGGAGAUGCUGCUGCUGACACAGAUUCACACCACACGACGACAAAUCAGAGAGCUGCAGGAGCAGGUGGUGUAUUAUGACACCUGUGAGGACCCAGAGGAGCUGCUGGAUGUUCAGGUGGAUGUAAGCUCCUCCCACAUACACCUGCAGCAGAGACUUAAACAGCUGGAGAGUAAAAGAGGAACAAUCUCAUCACGCAGAGCUUACCUCAGAAACCAGCGGGACGUGUGUGUUCAGGCUCACAAGCAGCAGCAGGGUUCAGUACUGCAGAAAUCCCAGCAGCAACACCAACACCAUGCCGCACAGCUGAAGCGAGAGAAGAGGAGAGAAGAAGAGCAUCAGAUGAAGGAGUGGGCAGAGAUGGAGAGAGAGAAAACUCUUAACAGACUCCGCAGCUUCAGAACGAGGCAUCAGGGUAAGUGUGUGUUAAAGGCUGCUCAGGCGAGGCCGACGUCACAUGACGACGAUGACGACUCCUCACAGCCUCUGUCGAUCAUAAGUCUGGGACCGCAAAAAUCUGACUUCUGCAAGAAGGCUCGGGCCAUGAAGCCAAGGGAUAUCCCUGUGGAGAUACUGCUUCCAGACCAGACACCUCCUCCCCAGGUUCCUCCUACAUCUCAAGCCCCUCCUCCUCCCCAAGCUCCUCCCCUGCCUCCUGCCCCGCCUCUUCCCCCGCCACCCCUACCUCUGCUUCCUGCUCUGCCAAUUGGCGUGAAGCUGCCUAAAAGAAACGCUCUGGAGCAAAACACUGGUUUAAUGGAUGAGCUUUUAGCGUCCCUGCAGCGAGGUCAGAAGCAACUGCGUAAAGUCCCGAAUCACACGGAGCACGUGGAUGUCAGAGACAGCAUCAUGACAGCCAUCCGCCAGGGUGUGGCACUGAAGAAAGCCCCGCCCUCUGCCGGCCCCGCCCCUGCCGCGGACUCUGAGUUGGAGCGAAGCAUUAAAGCUGCCAUGUUGAGAAUGAAGAAGGUCACCAAUGAUUCUGAUGAUGAAGAAAGUUCAGAUAUGCCUUCUGGCGAAUGGGACUCUUAAAUGUAGACGACCGCCUCUCCAAGAGAUUAAAAAGCUAAACACGGAGUAAUAAAACCUCAUCCUCAGUCAACAUUGAGUUUUAUUCUGUGGAAAAGCCUUUUAUUUUGAACCCUUUAGAAUCAACCUUAUAUCAAAUAUAACAGGUUGGGUUAAUGAGACUUUAAGUUGCUAGUAGAAACUUAUUUAUUAUUAAUUAUAAUAUAAUUAUAUUAUUGUUUUGCUGACAUCUGAUGUUUUUUAUUUUAAAACAUUGAAGAUGCUGCAGUGCCGGAUCAGGAUUGAAAAGGUUUCUAACGUCUGCUGUGAAAUGGAUUAUGUAAAUGAUUUGCUGAAUUUCAAUAAAAUAAUCUGAUAUUU